CUCUACUUCCAACUCUACAGUCCCGACAUAAUUACCCCUAACCCAGCAUUUCAACCAUUCCACAAUAUUGACACAAAGAGAUCAACUUCCUACUUCAAACCACAGUCUCAAUCGCCAAAAUGGAAGAUCCAGUCCGCGAAAUCCCCACCGUAAUCCAACACCUCGUCUCUUCCCGCCCGCAAGACCAACACCGGACGAUCCAGAAAUACUUCACCCCGUCAGCGGCCUUCAUCCACCCGUUCUGUCGCGUCCCCAGCUACGACGGCAGCCGGUGGGCGGUGGAGAAGAUCUACCAGUGGUACAAGAUCAUGUCGCCGACGAUAGCGCUGGGGGUGGAGAGUGUUGCGUACGACAAGCCAAAUCAGAAAUUAUACGUAACAAUGCACCAAACCUUCUCCAUCUGGUUGAUCCCAUUCCAUUCGUCCCCCGUGCACCUCACCACCGUCCUCUCGCUCACCACUGACCCCGGGGACGGACGCACGCCGACCUCCGGCCCAGCGAAGAGAUACUAUAUUGCCGCGCAGGAGGACUGUUACCAGCCGAGCGAGUUUGUGAAGUUUGUGUUGCCGUGGGGUGGGAUGUGGGUUGUGCUGGGGUGGCAGGUGCUCGCGACGGUGUUUUGCUUUGCAAUAUGCAAGACAUAA